CCCGGAAGUGAGGGUGUGCAAGGCCUCUCUGGAAGUUGUCCCGGGUGUUCGCCGCUGGAGCUCCGGGUCGAGAGGACGAGGUGUCGCUGCCGGGAGAAUCCUCCACUGCCGCCGGCUCCCGGAGCCCGGCCCUUUCCUAACCCAGCCCAACCCUGUCCAGUCCCAGCCGCGGACCCCGGCGUUACCAUGAGUCCUGCCGUCUUCCUAUCCUUACCCGACCUCAGAUGCUCCCUGCUGCUCCUGGUGUCGUUUCAGCCAGAUGUUGCACCCAAUUUUUGAGGAAGCUUCCAAUGUCAUUAAGGAAGAAUAUCCAAAUGAAAAUCAAGUAGUGUUUGCCAGAGUUGAUUGUGAUCAGCACUCUGAUAUAGCCCAGAGAUAUAGGAUAAGCAAAUACCCAACCCUCAAAUUGUUUCGUAAUGGGAUGAUGAUGAAGAGAGAAUACAGGGGUCAGCGAUCAGUGAAAGCACUUGCAGAUUACAUCAGGCAACAAAAAAGUGACCCCAUUCAAGAACUUCAUGACUUAGCAGAAAUCACCACUCUUGAUCGCAGCAAAAGAAAUAUCAUUGGAUAUUUUGAGCAGAAGGAUUCAGAAAACUAUAGAGUUUUUGAAAGAGUAGCAAAUAUUUUGCAUGAUGAUUGUGCCUUUCUAGCUGCAUUUGGAGCUGUUUCAAAACCAGAAAGAUACAGUGGAGACAACAUAAUCUACAAACCACCAGGGCAUUCUGCUCCAGAUAUGGUGUACUUGGGAUCUAUGACAAAUUUUGAUGGGACUUACAAUUGGAUUCAAGAUAAAUGUGUUCCUCUUGUCCGAGAAAUAACAUUUGAAAAUGGAGAGGAAUUGACAGAAGAAGGACUGCCUUUUCUCAUACUCUUCCACAUGAAAGAAGAUACAGAGAGUUUAGAAAUAUUCCAGAAUGAAGUAGCCCGACAAUUAAUAAGUGAAAAAGGUACAAUAAACUUUUUACAUGCUGACUGUGACAAAUUUAGACAUCCUCUUCUGCAUAUACAGAAAACUCCAGCAGAUUGCCCUGUAAUAGCUAUUGACAGCUUUAGGCAUAUGUAUGUCUUUGGAGACUUCAGGGAUGUAUUUGCAUAUGCAAUUUCUUCUGUACCAGAGAACCUUUCAGAGGCAUUCUGUCAAUACAGCUACCUGACAGUCAUUUGUAUUUGUAAACUGUGCAUUUGGCACCUGCUGGCCUCUGUUGCAUUGGAGCUAGUGGGGAGCCAAAAUGGGUGUACAAUGAAGUUAUUGGCUGUUACAUCUCAGUGGGAGUUAUUGAAGAGAAGAAAACAGCACUUGCAGGACCUCAGGAGAGGAUAAAAAGAAAAAGAAACUGGUAAUAUUAACACAAGCCAGGUAUGCUACCAAAAAAGUAGUGAUUUAAAAAGUCAGUUCUGUUGAAGGAAUUAAAGUGUUUGUGGACCUGCAUUUUAAUUCUUGUAAUGGAUAUGAAAAACAAAGUGUUUCUAUUUAAAAAUAUAAUGAAUUUUAAUUAAUUGAUCUCGGUAGAGGACAAUUCAUAUGAGCAGAAAUAUAAAUUAAAACAAUGGAAAAAAUGCUUAAUUUCUGAAGAGAUGGAAAUUAAAAUGCUGGUGUCUUUUACUUAUCAAAUUAGUGAAACAAAUUUUAAUAAUAAACAAAGACAAAUGUGCUGGCAAGACUUCAGAGAACAAACAGGUAGACAAGUAGUAAAUAUCGAUGUUUUGUGCCUAUAAUUUGCCCACACUUUGUUUAAAGUUCUUAUUCUUUAACUUAUUACUCCUACUUUAUCAGAUACAACUCAAGGAAAUAAUUAUGAAGAAAAAAAGGCUGAUGUAUAAAUCUGCUUAGCUUUAUAUUGGUCUGUUUUGCUACAGUGCAUGUUUCUGUACUGCAGAUUUGCUCAUUACCAUGAUUGGGAAUUAUGGGAAUGAUGCCAAGUAUAUAGUGAGUUGUGUUGAUUCAUGUUAUAUUCCUCAGAAUAGUAUGAAGCCACCAAAGAAAGCUUUUUUUUACCAUAAAAGACAAUGCCUUAGUGGUAUAUGAAGACAUUAAAAAAAAAAAAAAAAAAGGCCACUUUCAUGGCCUUGAGAAGUGCUUUGCUUUUCACAGUGUUAAGCUAGCCAGUGAAACUGCCUGUGUGGUUGAAGAAGUUGUGAAGAAAUUUCCUCCCCUGUUUAAGAAAAACACGAAAAAGCUACACCCUGGUUUAGAUUAUUUUGAUAAAAUUGGUUGUGCUGGCAGUGAAUGCCCUCAAGGACCUACAUACAUCUCAAAAGAGGACUGCUAAGCUCCAGGUUAAGGUUACAUAGGGUCACCUGGCUGACACAGGGCUCAAAGGCUGGAGGAGGCUGAAGGGUGCUAAUAUUUUUGCUCUAGGCUCUUAGUAGUACUCCGGUUACAAAGCUACAUAGUUUUAAGUGGUUAGUCCCUAACACUAUUUUUCCCUUGAGCCCCUAUUACUUUUAGUAUAAUUUUGCAGAACAUAAAGUUUUGCAGUUAUAUAUAUUAAGGAAAAUAUAUAAAUGCCCAACAGUAAGGGUGUAAGUCUUAGGACAGCAUCUUGAUAGACUCUGAUGCAUCUUUUACAAUAAGCAUAGAAAAAUGUCUAUAAAACAAAUGCAAGUAUUAGAACACAAAAUUGAGUAUCUGCAUACCAUGAUUACAACUGUGUCAAAAUGUUUGACAUGUACCUGGCCUGUUUGUUAAUAGUUAUGGUAGGAUGGUGGGAUUGUAGGUAAGUUUUUUAAAAAAUUGUUUUUAAUGUUGUGAAGUUGGUAAAAUAGAUAUAAGUCCAUUUAAAU